ACCGACCGCGCUUCAAUGUGCAAUGCCGGACUGCGCAUGACGUGAAUUCGCGAGUGGGUGAAAUUUGUUUCUUCUAAACAGAACUUUUCCUUUUCGGACCACCAGGAGUGUUAUUAUGAAACGAAAAAGUUGAAUUUUGAACAGGUUUUCUGUAGUGAAAUUGUAAAUAGGCUUGCAAGUUAUACCAAAAAGUUUAAACAAAGUUUCAAUUGAUAAGUGUGAUAGUGUAGGAUAGCAGUGCUUCUAACAAGCUCAGAAUUGAAUCUCUGCAAAGCUUCAAAAAUCGAUCUCAAGGUUAUUUAUAGAGCAACUCUAGUCAAAUUUCCAAAGUUUUCCUUCGGGUACAAUCACCAAAGUUCGAUAAUAUUCAAAUUUUCCCAAAUACUCAAAUUAAACGUUCGACUAUGAUAUUAUGAAAAAGUCAAUACAUAGGAGUAGCAGAUUCACUUGAACUCGAAGUUAUCUUGCACAAGUCAUAAAAAUAAUCUCGCCGAACCAAAAAAAAUGUCGAUGAUAAGAUGCUGCUUCGAACCGGUGGAGAUGCCCGAGUUCCUGGAUUCAUUCGUGAAAAAGUGCACCGAAGGAUGUUGUUGUGGUUGCUGCUCGGCCCUCCGGCCUCGCUACAAGCGGCUGGUGGACAACAUCUUUCCGGUGAAUCCGGAGGAUGGGCUGGUCAAGUCGAACAUGGAGAAGCUGACGUUCUACUCGUUGCGCUCGCCGGAGAAGCUGGACCGAAUCGGGGAGUAUUUGUACCAGCGGGCUUCGAAGGACAUCAACCGGAAGCGGUACAAGUUUGUGGAGAUUGCCAUGGAGGCUAUGGAUUUACUGCUGAUGGCGUGCCACGCGCAGAUUUUGAAUCUGUUUGUGGAGAGCUUUCUACGGAUGGUCCAGAAACUGAUGGAGGACGUGAACCCGACGUUGCAGAUCAUGGCCACGAACUCGUUCGUGCGGUUUGCGAAUAUUGAAGAGGAUACUCCGUCGUACCAUAGAAGGUACGAUUUCUUCAUCUCGAAGUUCAGCUCGAUGUGCUACGGGAAUAGCGACGAUCUGGAAUUGAGGGACAGUAUUCGGAUGGCCGGAAUCAAAGGUUUGCAGGGAGUAAUCAGGAAAACGGUGUCAGAUGAUUUGGUGGAGAAUAUCUGGGAGAAGCAGCAUAUGGAGAAGAUCGUUCCUUCGCUUCUGUUCAACAUGCAAUCGGCCAGUGGAAGCAAGGCUGUGGAUCAAGAAGCGACUCCUUCGACGCCGCCGGUUCUGGCCGAAUCAGUAUUAAGAGAACUAGUUUCUAGGGCUUCGUUCGGACAUAUCAGGGCGGUGCUGAAGCCACUGCUGACACAUUUGGACAAUCACAAACUGUGGGUCCCGAACCGGUUCGCCAUUGAUACCUUCCGGAUUGUGAUGAUCUCGAUCCAGCCGCAGUAUUCCUACACGGUCGUAGAGACCUUGAUGUCCCAUCUGGACCAGAAUCUUGCAUCAUCUCCCAAAACACGAACCUCCCUGGCAGUUGUCCUUUCCAAGAUCAUUGCCAUCGCAGCGGGCGAAAGCGUUGGACCAUCCGCUCUGGACAUCAUUAACAAUCUCCUGACUCAUCUCAAGACCUCCGUUAGCACCCAGCACGAAUCCACACCAGAAGAGACCCAAUACCAGGAAGCUCUCAUCAACGCCCUCGGAGAGUUUGCCAACCAUCAUCCAGACUAUCAGAAGAUCGAAAUCAUGCUGUUCAUCAUGAACACCGUUCCGGAUCCCACCAAGAAAAACAAAGGUGAUCAGCUCCUGCAAAGCAUUCUUCUGAAAUCGCUCCUCAAAGUCGGAACCCAAUACCGGACGGUAUCCUUUGAAAAAGCCUUCCCGGUCUCCUUCCUUCAGCCGCUUCUGAAAAUGGCCCGGGCUGCCUCCGUCCCGAUCCGGGUCAUCGUGAUGCAAAUCUUCCAACAACUGCUGGACCGCCAUCAGAAUCAGCAUCUGCUGAACUCCCUCUCGGUCAGCCACUAUCCCACACUGACGGUGGAACAAGCGUCCCGCUCGGAUAUCCUCUUCACGCACAAGUACGGAGCGGGCAUUCUGCAAGCCAUUCUGGACGGGAUGUCCCAAGAGAAUCACAUGGAAGUGCUCAAAUCGUCUUACAAUACGGCCGGGCUGAUGGUCGUCGAGUUGGCCUGCAGCGAAACGGUGCAGGAGUUUUUGCUGUUUGUACUGAGCAUCCAACAGGUGGCGGUAGCCGAAGUGGAACUAUCGCCAAAGCACCGCUGCAAUCUUCACAGCAUCGCCAUCACGUUGCUGAUCCUGAUUGGCCGCUGCACCGGCAUCGGACCCCUCGUCGAGUACGCCGAAAAAGUCAUUCAGUCUCGCAUGGAGGACGCGUCCUAUCUGUUGCCUCCGUUGCUGGAUAAUGAAAAACCUGCUCCGAGCACUCUCAACACCAAUCAACCCCAUUUGAUGAUCGACAAGCUGGCCGUGGCGGAGUGUCUCCAGCAGGCCGGUCUGGAGCACAACCGAGUCCAAACGGGAACCCCAUACUCGCUGAACCAGACGGACAUGUCCGCUCAUCGGCACUCGUGGGUCGACACCAGUGCCGCCCGCAACAGCAUCGUGGACGCCAACUACGACGCCGAAUCGGUCAGUAGCUCACCCGGAGUCCAGAAGCGCAGCCUCCCGGUGGACUUCAAUUUCGAAUCGAUGAAACGGGUCCUGGCGGAACCGACCGAGGCCAACAAGCGGGAAGCGCGGGAGAAGCAAGCGGCCAUCGGGCGCACGUUCCGCGAAACGGCAUUCGAGGACUUGGUGCGCCGGACGGAACCGCAGCACGACGUGCUGCAGAACAAGCUGAACGAAAUCUUCAACUCGCUGUCGGCCGAGCGGCAGAUCAAUUGCGGGAACCAGCUGAUGGCCGCAGCCGGUGCAACCGUGGUGGAUGGAGCGAACAGCAAGAUGAACCAGCAACGGCCCAUCUACGAAAACAAUUUCCCGGAAUUGUUCUUCUAUUGAAGUGAAGUUAUAGGGUGAAGGUGUGAUGAUAUCCGUUUGUCAGUGGGAGUGGAAUAUUGUUUUAAUUUUGUUAACUUUUGUGGUGUAUUUAUUGCUGUUAGCUAGUCGGGAUGGGAAGGGGAUCGAACGCGUUCAUAAGAUAUUAGUCGAUUUAGUAAAUUUCAUCUAUAGACGUUGAAAGGUUUAUUAGACUUCGGAUGAAUGUCCCAUAAUAAAGUAUUCUAUGCUUAAUAUAAAAUCCAA